CGUUGUCUUCCUCCAAGUUGUUCUCAUCUUCUACUCCUACCACUUCUCCACCAUCAUCAUGGGGUGGCCACCGGAAGACAUGGCAGCUCAGGAUCUCCAGUGCGAGGAUCACUUCGUGUGUUGCACCUCAAAGGAAACAGACGUGUCUUGUCAAUCCCUUGGCUUCUCUUCCCGCCCGCUAGAACGGGAGAUCGUUGACCAGGACGAACUCCACUACUAUACCCUCAUCGCCAUGGACUCUCCAAGUUCCACCAAGAAGCUGUGUCACAACGCCUACGAGCGCGGCCGGAGGAAGAAGAUCAACGACCUCUACGCUUCGCUUCGCGCCCUACUCCCCGAGUCGGAUCAAAGCAGGAAGAAGAACCUGAGCAUUCCACUGACCAUUUCCCGAGUCUUGAAGUACAUACCGGAGCUGCAACGGCAGGUCGAGCGGCUGCAGCAGCGGAAGGAAGAGAUCUUGUCGGCGCUGUCGAGGCCGGAAGAACAAAGCCACUGUGGUGACAUUGUGGUGUACCGUCCCAUGGUGUCAGCCGCCUGUCUAAGUAACAGGGAAGUCAUGGUGCAAGUAUGCUUGUUGAGUAGCCACUUUUCCAUUUCGUUCUCCAAGAUCCUGAGACUCCUGAAGAGAGAGGGGCUUCAUCUUGUGAAUGCAUCAACUUACACCACCCAUGACGGCAGAUGCUUCUGCAGUCUCCACAUCGAGGCAAGGGAAACCUUUGAUACAGAAUGUAGAAUCUUCUGUGACACUCUCUUGAAAGAAAUUAAGGAGCAAGCAGAACUUGGUUCCAGAAUUACUUGGAACAUGUAGUAUGUUGUAGCUGUGCAGAGGAGAGGUUUUUUCGAGUGAACUUUUUGUG